AUGUCAUGGCAGGCUCUCACAUUCCAGCCUGAGCUGCCGCAGUACUGCACACCGACAAACGACUUCCUCACACGCUUCUCGAGUACAUUUCACACAUGUGUGCCGACACCUCUAGCAUUCCUAUCAACACUACUGGGCACUUUAUCCAUCGUAUCGUGGCUCUUCGCCCAGAUGCCCCAGAUAUACAAGAACUACACCAUCAAGAGCACAUCCGGUCUAUCCAUAUUCUUCCUAGUGGAAUGGUGUGCAGGGGACGUCAGCAACUUACUCGGUGCUGUCUUCACGAAACAAGCCACAUGGCAAAUGAUAGUAGCAGGAUACUACUGCCUCGUCGACUUUCUGCUCGUCGCUCAGUGGGUCUGGUACGAGCGACUACGACACGGCUACACGAUUCGCCAAAUCUCGGCCAAGGACAUCAAGUCGCCUGGUAACGGCAAACAAAGCAUGUGGCGUAUGCCAGUCUUCGGAGACGUCAACGAAAAGUACGGCUCCUCCAGAAGCCCACGGGCCAUCAACCGCGUGCAGGCUUCCUCGUCUUUCCAAUCGCCAUCUCCACGUACUGUACUGCUAUUAGCCUGCUUGAUCUCUCUCGCCCAAGGCUCACCUUUACACCCUACUUUCCACCAUCCUUCCCACCACUCACCUGAUACCAAGACUUCCAAUCUGGCCGCCGCCGGCACAGUCCUCUCCUGGCUAUCCACCCUUCUCUACCUCGGAAGCCGCCUACCCCAACUCUACAAGAACUGGGCUAGAAAGUCAACCGCAGGUCUCAGCGCCCACCUCUUCAUCGCCGCCUUUUUCGGAAACCUCUUUUACAGCACCAGUAUGCUUACGAACCCUAACCUUUGGAAUGAUGCACCUGCCCAUGGUUUGCACGGCUGGGUGGAAAACACACCCAAUGUACGUUACGAUUGGCUCAUGCGUGCAUUGCCAUUUUGGCUUGGCGCUGCUGGUGUGUUGGUUAUGGAUGCAGCUGUAGGUGUACAGUUCCUCAUGUAUGGCGAGAGUGAAGAUGCAAAGGUUGUUGUGCUGGAAGAGUCUGGACGUGAGAACUGGCGUUGGAGAAGAGUUAGUGGGUGGAUGCGUGGUUGGGUGCCUAGCUUUGGUGAGCCGGUUGGCAGGUCUGAAGAUGGAGUGCAUGAGAGAGAGGCUUUGUUGCAUCAGACCUCGACUCAGGAUUAUGGAGCUGCUGCUAGAGCUUGA